GCGAUAGAAUACGAGUCCAUACAUAGCAUAUAAUUCGAUAUUAGCAAGUGGGUUCAGUUAUUAUUGUGCAUUCAGUUAUAGAAGUAAGCUCGCGACAUACAUAUGUAUGUAGUAACUUCUAUCGAACGUAGGAAGUAGAAGUAACAAGUGAUUACGCGUAAUUCAAUCAAACAAAUGACGAUUGUAAAAUACAGUUUACUAAAUAAACAAGACAACGAUGAUGAAAAUGUGUAUGAAUGUCAAAAUCAAGGUGUAUUGCAAAAAUGUUUAGCGCUUGUGAAACAUAAACAGUUUGCUGGAUUUUUUGCAUUUUGUAUGUUAAUUACAACAUUACAGCUGCUGCACAUGCGCUUGUACUAUGAUGCAGCGGAACGUUUAAACGAAACCACAAUUCAAAUUGAUGUGGCGGAAAAUAAUAUAACGAUUACAGAAUCUACACUAAAUGUCACAAAUCAUAGCGAAAAACGACCAAAAGACAAAUACUUCAUCUAUACGUCACAAUGUCGCAUGCCGUAUGUGGAUCCUUUUGGGGAAGAUGUUCUAAAAAUAUUUAAUCCACAAAAGUACAAGUACACCAAUUGUACAAAGGAUGAAGCUUUCAUUACAAGCAAUUACCAUCUAAAUGUACGACAAUACUUUCUACAUAUAGAGAUGGAGGCAAUAGAGCGGGCGGUGAAGCCGUUAAAUGCCAGCGCAACGAAUGUUCAUUGUUGUUAUCGACAAAUUGUGCGAAGUGGAAGUGGUGGAUCGGCUGAUACAAAGUAUAAACUCUUAAACUGUGUUAUAUUUCAUCAGGACUUUUUGGUACCGUCACAUAUAGAGUAUAUAAUUACUGAGUGUUACUUAGAUCACAAUGAGAAAAAACCACUACAGAAGGAUGCCUUUUCAUUUAUACAAGCUAAGAAGGAAGAAAUCAGCGCCGAAAAUGCUACCGAAUCACAAGUAUUGGGCAUAAGGAAACCAAGCGUUUUGCUCAUCGGUAUUGAUGCUGUUUCGCGUAUUAACCUUCGACGUACAAUGCCGCAGACUUUCAAGUAUCUGCAAGUAAAUGAGUGGGCCGAAUUACUGGGUUACAACAAAGUAAAUCCAGCGCAAUCGAAAUAUUACAUUUACACAUCACAAUGUCGUGUACCGUAUGUGCCUGCCUUUACCGAGGAGGCGCUCAAAGUAUUUAAACCAGAAAAUUAUAAAUUCACCAAUUGCACCAACGAUGAAGCCUUCAUUUCAACCGUUUACCAGCUAAAUGCAAAACAAUACAUUCUACACAUGGAUAUGGAGGCAAUAGAGCGUGCCGUUAAACCGUUAAAUGCCAGCGCCACAGAUGUCCGUUGUUGUUAUCGGCAAAUUGUUAGAGCUGGGAGUGGUAAAACCGCUGAUAAAGAGGCUAAACUCUUAAAUUGCACCACAUUCGAGCAGGAUUUUCUGGUACCCAUACAUAUCGAAUAUAUGGUUACUGAGUGUUAUGUUGGUGGCAAUGCUACAAAACCUAUACAAGCGGACGCCUUCUCAUUUAUACAACCACUAAAGCCUUUGAACAGUUCUAUAACCAUUUCAUAUGCCAGAAGAGCUGCUAGAGCGCAACGUCUAAGGAAGCCGAGUAUAUUAUUAGUGGGCAUUGAUAGUAUAUCACGCAUCAAUUUAAGACGCACAAUGCCGAUGACUGCUAAAUAUCUAGAGGGGAGCGAGGAGUGGAUAGAAUUUCAUGGUUUGAAUAAAGUCGGUGAUAAUACAUUUCCGAAUUUGAUGCCGCUGCUCACAUCAUACAAUACAUCAAUGGCAUAUGAGAAAUGCAAACCUUCAGUAGUUGGCGGACUUAAUCAACCCAUUUGCAAUUUUAUUUGGGAUAAAUUCAAAGAAGCUGGUUAUAUAACCGCAUAUUCGGAGGAUGUGGUCGUUAUAAAUACGUACAAUUAUAAGAAAAUUGGAUUUGAGCAUCCACCAACUGAUUAUUAUAUGCGCCCGAUGACAUUAGCAAUUGAAAAGGCACUGAAAGUGCAGUCAAGUGCUGGACUACCGUAUUGUGUUGGACGCCGGCAUUAUGGCGAUUACAUCUUCGAUAGUGCAUUACAGUACGCGAAUGUGUUUACCGAAGAGCAACCCACUUUCGGACUGUUUUGGAUGAACUCAUUUAGUCACAAUGCUUACGAUACGGCAGCAACAAUGGACGUUAAAGUCUUGGAGUAUCUUAAGAAAUUUAAGAGUGAGGGCGUAUUGGAGCGUUCAAUUGUGUUAUUCUUUUCCGAUCAUGGUGUACGUUGGGGCCCAUUGGUGAAGUUAACAUCUGGUUUCUUAGAAGAACGUUUGCCAAUGUUCUUCAUAUCACUACCACCGUGGUAUCAAAAGCAACAUCCGGAUUUCAUCAAAACUUUAAAAAUAAAUCAAAAACGUCUAACCACGCCCUAUGAUAUUUAUGCAACGCUCAAACAUAUACUUGAGGAUGCGGAUCCUGAAAUACACGUACCUUAUGUUAAUGGCUCUACGCCGGGUCUUAGUAUAUUUCAAGAAAUACCUGAGAAUCGUACUUGCAAGGAUGCGGACAUCCCCGAGCAUUGGUGUACCUGUGUACCAUAUGAAGUUGUACCAACAAGCGAUGCUGUCGCAAAGAAUGUAACUGCACUGGUAUUAAAUGAAAUCAAUCAAUAUUUGGUUAAUAAGAGCAUUAGUGAUAAAUGUGCCGAAUUGAAAUUAACAAAAAUCGAAAGUGUUGAAAUGAAAAUGUUCAAAGUACCGAAUGAGUCCACAUAUCGUAUAAGCUUCGAAGCGAACCCGGAGAAAGCGAAAUUUCGAGCAACAGUAGUUUUAAAUAUAACAACAAAUACAAUCAAAACCAAUGUGGAAGAGAUAUCACGUCUGGAUUCUUAUGCGAAUACUGCCAAGUGCAUCGAUUUGAAGGAAGAGCAGAAAUAUUGUCUUUGCAGGAAUACCACAACCACAAAGACAUAAUGGAUAAGAUAUUACAUAGAAGACUGUAUGCCAUUAAGUUAGAAGUUUCAUACUCA